GGAAGCGUGAUCUGGGACGAUCAGAACUCCUGUGUCGGCAGGAGCCAUCAACAUGCCGUCCAAUCUGCUGAGCCCCUUCCACGAGCUGGAUGCCGAUCUGCCCAAGGAUUUUGUGUCCCUGUUUUCUGGGGUCAGCCUGAAAAGUGCUGUGGAGGAACAGCCCAGCACACACUCCUCCUGUCCAGUCAACCUCAAUGACGAUGCAAAAAGUAAGGAAAUCUCAACUGACUCCACUGCUUGGCCACUGCAAAGUCCAUGGUGUCGGGAGGCUGAGUUGCCUUCUUUACAUCCUCUGCGUCUCAUCCCAUUCCAAGCGGAUCGCUCUGUGAGCAUGAUCGAGGAGAGCAGGAAGACCUCAGCAGCAGCUAGGCUGCCUUCAUCUCGCUACAAGACGGAGCUCUGUCGCACUUUCCACGAGAGUGGCUCCUGCAAGUAUGGCUCCAAGUGCCAGUUUGCACAUGGAACAGCAGAGCUUAGAGGGCUGAACCGUCACCCCAAGUACAAGACAGAGUUGUGCAGGACUUAUCACACAAUUGGCUUCUGUCCGUAUGGUUCCCGGUGUCACUUUAUCCAUAACGCUGAGGAGCAGAGGUUCAACAGUGGCAGCAGAGGACACAGACCACCUCUUUUAAGACACAGCAUCAGCUGUUCAGGCAUCCCUUCAUCAUCUUCCUCCUCCUCGCUCUCCCUUUUUUCCUCUUCCAUAGCCUCUUCCCUCUCCUCCCUGUCUCCCUUUUCUCCAUCCAGCCCGGUGACAUUACCAUCCAAUCCUUUUGCCAGUGUUGGUCCUUCAUCUCCAACAUCUCCUCCUCCUGUCACACUGAACCUGCCAUUAUUUAGGUCAGUGUCCCCUCCACGACCAAAUGUGCAGAACACUUUGGCAGGUGGAUUGCAGCUACAGCUCUCUCCCUGGAAGAGAGGUGACCCUAAGGGAGAGGAGAGAUGGGAUUCCUUGUCUCAUCCAGAGAGUGAAGAAUCUGCGUCAGCUUUUGCUAACUCGCAGGAAGCAAAACGCCUCCCCAUCUUCAGCUUUCUUUCAGACUAAGACUUUUUCAACCACUCAGGCCAACCAACAA